CUAUUUCUACAAAGGUGAUCAAUUGCAAAGUUAACUUCAAUUUUAUCGCAACAUAUAUUCAAAGUACGCAGUUUUAUAUUAGAAACGGAUAUACAUUUUGGAAUUUAAGAAAUUUUUUUGAAAAACUAAAACAGAACAGAUUCCUUGCGUCGAGAUUCUCUAAACUAUGACGCUGAUUAUUGCUACAGCACUUCUCAUAUUCCUUAUAUACGUAUUGAAAGUGUAUUUGAACUAUAAACUGGAUUAUUGGAAAAUACGUAACAUUCUGUAUGUCCGACCUUCACCUCUGGUGGGUAAUCUAAAAGAUCUUUUCUCUAUGAAAAUUAGCUUUGGUGAACUUUUUGCAAAUCUAUAUGCAGAUAAAGACUUACAAAAUGCCCCCAUUGGGGGAAUAUUUUUGCUGCAUCAACCCGCCUUAAUAUUACGUGAUCCCGCAUUAAUUAAAUCCCUUUUAAUAAAAAAUUUUGACAAGUUUCAAAAUCGUUAUGAGGCAGCAGAUGCCAGACAUGAUGCCAUGGGAGCUUUAACAUUACCCUUAUCAAAAUAUCACAUAUGGUGGGGUUGUCGUAAGAAAAUGUCGGAAAUGUUCACUACGGGUAAAAUAAGGUUCCGCAUGUAUCCCCUUAUGCUGGAAGUAGUAAGGGAAUUGGAAUUGCUCAUAGCCAGACGGUUGCAGGAAUCACAUCAAAAUCCCAAUAAAGGUGUUAUCAUUGAAGUAAAGGAAAUGUUUUCGCUAUUUACAACCGAUAUAACUUCGAUUCUUCACUACGGAGUCAAUGUAAAGGGUCUGAGACAAGGUCACUCAAUUUUAAGACAACAAACAUUGGAUUUGUUCAAUGUAAACCUCUUCAGACUAUUGCAUUUCUUCAUUAUCUUCUUUUGUCCCCACCUAACGCAUUGGUUUCGAUCCAAGGUAUUUAGUAAAACUUAUGCCGAAUUUAUGCGUAAAUUUACCUCAACCAUAUGCAAGCAGAGAUCCCAGUUUACAUCUCCAAAAUCCAAGGGAGAUUUAAUUGAUGUUUUAUUAAAAUUUCAAAUUGAAAAUCAUCAGGAUCCUUUACAUUAUAGUCAACACAAGGAUUUCAUAGCCUCUCAAGUGGCCAUAUUUUUGUUGGCAGGUUUUGAAACCUCAUCCUCAGUUUUGGGAUUUAUUCUUUAUGAAUUAGCCAAACAACCUGAUGUACAGGAAAAACUAAAACUAGAAUUAAGAGAUGCUUUUGGGCAAAAAUCUUCACUUUCUUAUGAAGAACUUCAGGCGUUGCCCUAUUUAGAAAUGGUGCUGUGUGAGGGUUUGAGAAUGUAUCCAGCUGCAGCAUUUAUAAAUCGUGAAUGUACCGCCUUGUCAGGAUUUCGUUUAAAUUCCGAUUUAUUCAUACCCCAUGGAAUGCCGGUUUAUGUGUCAAUAUUGGGCUUACAUCGUGAUCCAAAGUAUUGGCCUGAACCAGAAAUUUUCAAACCGGAACGCUUUUUAUUUAAAUCGCACAAGUUUGACUCAACUAUUUAUCAGCCUUUCGGAGUUGGACCGCAUGCCUGUAUUGGCAGCCGUUUAGGCCUUUUACAAGUCAAAUUGGCUUUGGCCCAUACCAUGAGACGUUAUUCUGUUAAAACUUGUCCACAAACUGUGAAGAAUAUUAAAUUCGAUCCAAAAUCAUUUAUGCUACAGGCCAAAGGUGGAAUAUAUUUGAGGUUUAUCAGUGAUGAUUAAAAACCGUACAAAUUGUUUGAUUAAGAGCUGUGUAAAUGUGUCAUUCAACGUGUUUAAAGUAUUAUUUUAAACAUAAUAAUUUUAUUGUAUAUUGAAUAAAAAACUUAGAUAAUACUUUUUGGUUAAACAGAAAGUCUUUUGUAUUUAACUGUGAUGCACAUUUUAGUCUGAGAGAUUUCUCGCAUUAAAAUGUAUGGAUUAUAAAUAAAAUACAAAUCUAUCACUAAACUGCUAUCUA